AUGAUCGAUUCGGUGAAGCUGCGCCGUGAUAGCGCGGCCGAUUUUUACUCGCAUUACGAGUACCUGUGCGCGCUGCAGGACUCGGUUCCGCUGCCCGCCGUGCGCGCCAGCCUCCGCGAGGGCGUGCUGGACUUCAACGCCGACCGCCUCCGCGUCGUGGACUGGGCGCCUCUGCUGAGCACCCUCAAGGUGAAUAAAGAUCUGCCCGUGGUCUCUAUAAAGAGCUUCUUCCAACCGUGGCUUGGAGAAACAGGAUCUGACAGAAGUAAAGUGUGCCGAAGUCGUAUUCCUGCAGUACGAUCCAAAGAUGUGUCCUUCCAGCUGUGUAAAGCUCUGAAAGGCUGUUUAAGUGUCUCAGGCGCUCUCAAGAACCUGGAACUGAAUGGGCUGGUUCUGAGAGAGAGAGACUUAACUAUGUUAACAAAGGGAUUGAAUAAAUCAGCUUCUUUGGUGCACCUGUCGCUUGCAAGUUGCCCAAUUGGAGAUGGAGGUUUAGAAAUUAUUUGUCAAGGCAUAAAGAACUCUGUUACCCUGAAGACUGUAAACUUCACAGCGUGUAAUCUGACCUGGCAAGGAGCGGAUCACAUGGCCAAGAUCUUAAAGUAUCAGACCAUGAGAAGGCAUGAGGAGACCUGGGCCGAGAGCCUUCGUUAUAGGAGGCCUGAUCUCGACUGCAUGGCCGGCUUAAGGCGCGUCACCUUCAAUUGCAACACGCUCGUCGGUGACCUUGGUGCACGGGCUUUUGCAGACUCUCUUAGUGAAGAUUUAUGGCUUAGAGCACUCGACCUGCAGCAGUGUGGCCUCACCAGUGAAGGAGCCAGUGCUUUUGUAAAGGCCCUCGAAACCAACCGAACUUUGGUCAUUCUGGAUAUAAGAAAAAAUCCACUGAUUGAUCAUUCUGUCAUGAAAGCAGUUAUCAAAAAGGUUCUCCAGAAUGGAAGGAGUGCUAAGUCAGAGUACCAGUGGAUAACUUCUCCAUCAGUAAAGGAACCAUCUAAAACUGCUAAACAGAAAAAGAGAACUAUCAUUCUUGGAAGUGGUAGAAAAGGAAAAGCUACUAUUCGAAUUGUUGGAUUGGCUACAAAGAAGCCUGUAAACAAUGGAAGAAAACACAUCUCUGCUAAAGAAUAUUAUGCUCCCGAACCUCUCCCACCUGGUGUGUCUGGUUUCCUGCCAUGGCGUACUGCAGAGCGUGCAAAGAGGAACAGGGGUUUUCCAUUAAUCAAGACUCGUGAUGUCUACAAUCAUUUGCAGCAGUCAGACUUUCCCGUGACCGUGACAGUAGAAAGUCCUUCAUCCUCAGAGAUCGAAGAGGUUGACAAUUCUUCAGAAAGUGUGCACGAAGUGUGUGAGAAAACGAGUGUAAAACAGGAAGCAUUACAGGGGAAACUGGAAGAGUGUCUAAAGCAGCUAAAGGAGGAGAGAGUAAUACGACUUAAGGCAGAUAGACGAGUCAGUGAGCUGGAAUAUGAAAAUGCCAAGUUAAGAAAUAUAAAUUUCUCUUUAUCUGAAGCCCUUCAUGCACAGUCAGUGACCAGCAUGAUCCUGGAUGAUGAUGGUGUUUUGCGCAGCAUUGAGAACUCUUUUCAGAAGUUCCAUGCUUUCUUGGAUCUCCUUAGAGAUGCUGGCCUUGGACAGCUUGCCACAAUGGCUGGUAUAGAUCAGUCAGAUUUUCAUUUACUAGGUCGUCCCCAGAUGAACUCUACUAUUAGUAAUGCGCCUAAAGAUGAAAAAAAGGCACUUGAAGAAGAAAAACCAGAAUCCGAGCAGAAUGCCCUGGGACAAGUACAGAAUAUCCAAGUUUCUAUUUGUAUGCAGUCAGCUUACAAUGAAGGAACACUAAUGAAGUUUCAGAAAAUUACGAGUGGUGCUAGAAUUCCUUUGCCUGUGGACCCCUUCCCUGUCCCAGUUUCUACUCAGGAGGCCUUAAUAACUUCCAAAGACAACUUGGAUGGCCCUGGUACUGAGCAGCAGCAAGGGUCUUUUGAAGAAUUCCUUCCUAGAGCAUGUUCUCCAACAGAUGUGAUUCCUGGGACUGGAAGUCAAAGCAAAGAGGAGGAGCAGUCCAGAAGUAGCAGAUCUUCUGUAGAGAAAAUGACCAAAACAAAUGAAUAUACCAAAAAACACUUUGCUAAGAAACAACAUGGAACAGAUCUGCAUUUCUACUCUAACUCUACUGUAAACCGCAAGAGCAAAGGAAUCGGAGAAAAUAGUUCUUUGAUUAAUGAACCAAUGAAAAGUGAGCCUUUGAAAAAACACACAUCUGCCAAGAAAGAAAGCGGGAUAGUGACUGUUUCAUCCAAAACAAAUAAAGAUAAACCGAGUCCACUAGAACAUUCUGAAAGCGAUACUCUUGGAUCUGAUUUUGAAUUUCAAGACAGUAUCCAUACUCUAUCACGCCUGACAUAG